CAAUGACCCAAUAUUUUUUUUUUCUUGUUCACGAACCGCCACCUUAAAAUAUUUUUUCAUCUCCCUCCUUUUUAUCCUUCCAAACCUGAUUGCUCCAAUUCAAAUUCAUAGUUUGCCAUUUCACAAAAGUGUUUUAGCCUUCAUUUCCCCUCUUUUUCUCUCUCUCACUUCCAGUAACUUACUCCAUUUCUACACAUCACUACACUUUUCCUCUCAUCCCACUCUCAAUUUCAAACCUAGGGUUUCCACUUUCUUCUCCGUUGACUCCAACUUUCCCAAUUCAAAUGUCAGCAUCGACGGUUUCCGUGACGGCAAAUCCUCGGCGUCGUCCAUCGGCCGUUUCAGACGUGAAGCAGAGCAUCGAAAUAGUCAACGAUGCGACAAAUUCCCCUAAUUUGGUUGGUGAUGGAGGAGGUGAUAAAGUUACUAGCGGUGACAAAGAUCUGAGUCACUCGAUCAGGGGAGAAGCAGUUGUUCUUGAAAGAUCCAAGGAAAAGAGAUCAUCGCAAUUGCCUAAUUCGAAUGCGCCGAUUCGUAGUCGAAACCGAAAGGCGGUAGCAACGCCGAAUAAACAUUCGAGGCCAAGGUGGCGGACGGUAUUGAGUGUUAUAAUAAAGAAUUUGUUGUUGUUGUUUGUGAUAGUUGGAGGUGUUCAGAUGAUUAGAAAGUCAGUGGUUAAUUAUGGGAAUGUGGGUGGUGAGGGUAACUUGAUGGGGUUUUCAUAUAUGGAGGGUCGAAUUGCGGGUGUCGAAUCGUCGCUUAAGACAACUGCAAAGAUGCUUCAGGUUCAGGUAGAGGUUAUUGAUAGGAAGAUUGAGAGUGAAGUGGGGAACUUGAGGAGAGAGGUUAAUAGGAGAAUUGAGGAUAGAGGUGGAGAAGUUGAUGUCAAGUUGAGGAUUUUAGAGGAGAGGAGUCAGAGUUUGGAGUCGGAUUUGACAGAAUUGAGAUCCAAAGAAUUGUUGACAAAAGAUGACUUGGUCAGAGUAUAUGAUGAAUUGAAGAGAGGUGAAAUUGGUGGGGAUAUUGGUUUGAAUUUUGAUGAGAUUAGGGGUUUCGCCAGGGAGGUUGUUGAGAAAGAGAUUCAGAAACACGCAGCGGAUGGCCUCGGAAGGCCUGAUUAUGCGCUUUCUAAUGGUGGUGCCAGGGUAGUGCGGCAUUCAGAACCACUAACUGCUGAUACUUGGUUUUCUGGAAACAUUAUGAACCAUGGGGUUCAUAGAAAUGCAGAAAGAAUGUUGAAGCCUAGCUUUGGAGAGCCUGGUCAGUGUUUCCCACUCAAAGGUAGCUCUGGUUUUGUUGUGAUCCGGCUAAGGGCGGCUAUUGUUCCCGAGGCUAUUACACUUGAACAUGUUGCUCAGAGUGUGGCGUAUGACCGGUCGAGUGCUCCUAAACAUUGUCGGGUCUCUGGUUGGUUCCAAGGGCAUAAAGGUCUCGAGACUGAAACAGUUGACAAUAUGCUUCUUCUGACAGACUUUACUUAUGAUCUGGAGAAGAGCAAUACCCAGACUUUCAACGUGCUUGAUGAAAUAAGAUCUUCUGUUGUUGACACUGUUAGGUUUGACUUCAGCUCCAAUCAUGGAAGUCCAUCGCAUACUUGCAUCUAUAGGCUCAGAGUGCAUGGCCAUGAACCUACAUCUGUCCCGUUGAUUCCUGCUGAUUCUUGAGCUGCAUUGGAUGCUCAUCUUUGUAAUUGUUGUUCCUUCAGUUGGUCAUGUUUUCAGCACUUAGUCUUGUAUGUCAUUUGAUGACUUAGUUGUAGUUGCAUAUCUUUGUGCUCUAGGUUAUUUCAUGGUGUCACGAUUUGUUAAUUUUAGGCGUACUAGAUAGUGUGAAGGCUCCCUUGCAUAUAUAGUGCAUGAAUUUCUAGCAUCAAUGAUUGUGAAUGAACACUUGUAUUUUCAUUAAAGUUUUUGACAUGUAACAUCUCCAUUUUAUUAUAUGAAAGUGCUUGGGCGUUUGCUUUUAAA